CAACAAAACAAAAAAAUAAAAUAAACAAUAAAACAACACAAAAGAGGUCAUUGCCCUAAGUCUUCAAAAGAAAGCAACGAUGAACGACAUAGCGAGUACCGAGGUUAAGGUUUGGGACGCCAGCGAUCAUGGAAGUUGUCAAUUAUGUGAUUCAGAUUCUAACUCACGUCAUCAAGUCAAGAAGAACAAGAACCAAAACUCAAAUAGUACUAAGAGUUGUAAAAUGAUUUCAAAGUUGCUUCUACUUGAAGACUUGAGGUUUCAUAUCUUUACUUUUGUUCCUCUUAAUUGCCUGCUUAACUCUGCAAGGUAUGUAAACAAACUGUGGGCUGCUACUAUUGGCAGCUCCCAUUUUGCUGAAGCAUACGAACGCCAUGCACAUUCUAAACUUGGUCUUUAUGUUGAAAAUUGCAUGGAACCGGACAAUUCUUAUUUCUUGGAAUUUAAAGAUUAUGUGAACGACCAAUUUGAAAGGACUGAUUUAGGAAUACCUUCAAUAAUGGGAGAUAUAAUCGAUACUUGUAAUGGUAUAUUGCUGUUCUGCAAUAUUUAUGAACAAAUUUUUGUCAUGAAUCCUAUCCUCAAGUGUUGGCUUAGGAUUCCUGAUUUUCCCAUAUCUCGACAACCUAUGAUAUUUAGUAUGCAAUGUACUAUAGCACGGGUUCCUGGCACUUCCGAAUUCAAGCUUUUCCUUGUAGAUUUUGUUGAGGGUUCGGAUGCUUUCUGGUAUGUUUUUUAUGUGCUAAGAAUUGGAAAAGAUUAUACAUGGAAUGAGAUAGUUAGAAAAGAAGCUCCCUUUCGACAACUUUUUUUAUGCCGGCCACUCUAUAGUGGAGACAAUGAUCUUUACUGGAUAACAGAAAAGGAAGUGAUUGUGAUGAAUGUUGACAAGGAAAUUAUUAUGCGAGAAUAUCCACUUCCCAAUGAGUUGAAUAUUCUGGCUAAAAAUUGUUUAAUGUUGGGUAAUCGCCUCUCUUGCAUUAUGUCUAAUGAUUUUAAUAGAACAUUUCAAAUCUACAUUUUGAAUUUUGAUUCAGGAAAAUUGUCUCUUUAUCAUGAGAUGGGACCAUUUGAUUAUGUGGCUACUUGUGGUCAUGAGGUUUAUAUCCAUCUUGUGAGAUUUUGCUUGUGGAUCAACAAUCAAAUUAUCUUUCGUGUACCUCAGUGUCAAAAUCAAAUAGGAAAUACAUCUCCAGACAUUAAAAACAUUCAUUUUGGUUACAAUGUGAAUACCAGGCAAUUGACAAAGAUUGGAGACAUUGAUGUGGGCCAUUUUGAAGUAUGUCUUCACACUAACAGUUUAAUUUCAUUGCCACGUACUCCGACAUUGUUACGUUUCUUUGUAUAAUAAUGAUGUAAUAGAAUUAUUUAUAUUUCCCUUAGCUAAAUAACAAUUAUUUAUGUUACUAUUGUGAUUCGGAAACACUUUGAUGCAUGUUU